AGAGAGAGAGAGAGAGAGAGAGGUUUAACACGCCCUUUAUUAGCCUACUUCAUGAUAUUAACAUCAAAUUUACAUUACACCUCAAAAAAUAGAAAUAUUAAAACCAACCAAAAUAAAAUCCAAAAGAAGAAAAAAUAAAUAACAAAUGCAAAAUAUCAACAUACACAUUUCAAAGAUUGAUAACAAGAAUGUCCUCAUACACUGUACAUAAAACCUCAUUAAAACACCAGACAUCACAAAAGCACAUCACAUUAUUUGUAAGUUUAUAAUAAGCAAACUCAAUUUUCAAUCUUCCCUCUACCAAAUAUCUAAACAUCAUCUCAGGUUCAGUUGUUGCAAGCUGUAACCCUUUAUUUUUUCUUGUUUUCCAGAUUGCUAGUUUAGCUGUUCCAAUCAAAUAAUUUAGUAGACACAUUUUUCUUCUCAUUGAAACCUUGUAUUUCACUCCCCCAAUAAACACCUUAUCAGAAAAAUCUUCAUCAAACCCUCUAAAACAAGCUUUAAGCAAUUCAAAAAGAUCUUUUAGUCUAUUACACCUUAAAAAAGAUGUGUGUGUGUGAGAGAGAGAGAGAGAGAGAGAGAGAGAGAGAGAGAGAGAGAGAGAGAUUGGAGGAUUUAUUUUUUGGCAAAAAUAACACAAACCAACUUCAGUGUGGUUUUAAGCUGUUACUAUAGUAACCUUUGUUAGUAAGCACGGUAAUAUCUUUGCUAUUCAUAGAAAGUCUUAAAAAAAUUUCAUCUACAUUCUUCAACAGUGUUUUUGUUUUUGCAUUAAAGUAUUUUAAUUAAUGAAAAUGUAAGUUCAACUCACCUAAAUCACCGAAAGAUGGCGCAGUAACGACGAUCGUCUUGGUCUGGAAAACACAGCGCGUGACCUUUUCUCGAGUGUUUGCGCAAGCAACAAAAUAACGGAAAUUUAAGAUAAACAAAGUAACCAGGCAACAACGUAACAGACCCGUUUCACUGGAGUAAAGACAAUGGAGUACAAGUUGUACCUACAACACAAGAGAAUAAUUCCAACAGCUACCAAAAGAAGAUGGAGUGAUAGUCAAAAAGGUUUUAGGAAACAUUACAAAACAUGGUUACAAGAUCCAAUGCAUCAAGAUGCCACAUCUAAUUGCGAAGAGGAAAGCAGUUCCCACUGUAACAAGCCACCACAUCAUUCCACAGAUGACACAUCUGAAAGUGAAGAAGAGAACAGUUCCCAAUGUAACAAGGCACCACAUCAUUCCACAGAUGACACAUCUGAAAGUGAAGAAGAGGAGUGGGACGAACUCAACACAACACUACAUCAUAACAUGCAAGGAGAAUCUGACAAUGAGAAUGAACAAAACUGGCAUAUGACACCCCCUAAGGACCCCACAAUGGAUGUUGAAGGACAUGGCAACAUGGACAAUAAUGCUGAUGAGAACCCAAGAGCUGUGAAAGACAAAAUAUAUCCCACCGCUAGGAUUACUAAAGAAGAAUCUCAGUUGUCAAUUUUAUCCUAUGCUCUUAGGCAUACCACAACAAAAUCUGCUCUUGGUGAUUUAUUAGAUCUAAUUAAUUUACAUUGUCCAGAAGGAACCAAUGGAGCACAAAAUAGUCUAUACAUGUUCAUGAAAGAAUUUGAUUGUUUGUGGUUUGGUGCUUCUAAGCCUGAAAUGAAUUCUUUUCUUCAGGCCUUUGUUGAUGAGUGCAUUCAGUUAGAGCAAGAAGGACAUUACACAGUCCUACAGGACAAGUAUGUGAACAGACCUACAGGACUCCUGCAGGAAUGUGCCCUGUCCUGCAGGAUUUUUGUUCUGUCCUACAGGAUUCCUGCACAUAGGACCAAAAUCCUACAGGAAUCCUGCAGGAUUUUUUUGUAA